AUGUCGGUUCUCAGCAGUCAGGCGGCCUCCAAAACGAAGCUUUACUCUUCGACCAUAGUAAAUCUAUGGAUCCACGACUCCCAAGGUACUCCGGGCUCCAAACCGGAAGUCCUCUUCAACCCAGAAGUCUUCCACGGAAAUGCCUCUCCCGGAGACCUCGUUCAACUUACACCUUGGAAGUCGAACUCUAAUUCUCACGAAGCUCUGGCCACGCUGAAAGCAGGCCUGGAAAACUCGGGUUCGGGGUUCGGGAGCGAUAAUGAUGGACCUAGAAAAAAUGGGAAGGAAGGCGAUAAUGGCUCCGAAAAUCACCAUGCACACUAUUUAUUUAUCAUACCAGAAUGGAAUCCAGAUGAACGUGCGAGGCAGUCUGGCCUCCAGCUUUCUGUCGCACAGCAUGUCGCGACCAAGUUCAAAUUGUUGCCCCGAACCAAAGUAAAACUGACCAUAGUUGAUAAAGUCAUGCAUGAGGCCUCUCAUGUUGAAAUUUCUUUCCGCGACCAGUACUUGUCACGGUCAGAUAUGUGGAGACUGGCGGCGAAUGAGCUCGCUGGCAAAUGCCUUUACUCCUCACGAAGGAUCAACUUUGUCGGAGCUAUCAAAGCCCAGAUCCAUGGUAUCUGGAUCCGAGGGCAGAAAGUACAAUCCGCCUACUUCUCUUCUAAAACCCGGCCCAUUUUUCGAUCCUCAUCGGCAAGGUUCGUUCUUUUCGUUCAGAUGUCCAAGGAGAUGUGGCAUUUCGAAAAUGAAGGGAAGGGCGAGAUUCUUUUUAAUAAAAUGGUUAACGGUUUCCUCCCUGAGUUAUUCAAAAGGUGGAAGAGACUAAACGCCCGCCAUCUCGUCAGCAUCGUUCUUUUCACACGCAUUGUUUAUGACGGCGACGUCAAAAUUGGGGUUAUGGAAGCAGGGGACGAGCAUACUGCAAUGACAGCGUUCCGAAAACCACUUCAGUAUCGUGACUUCUUCCGGGUUGUCGUCACGCACAGAGAGAGUGAAGAUUGGACUGUUAUUCUCCAUCAGCUCAAAAAGGAAUUUGCAGUGUUCCUCAAGGACAUCUUGGUCCAACCAACAAGAGCUCCUUUAGAUACUCAUAUCGAGCAGCCGGUUAGCCCCGGUGGUACAGCUCCUACACCUGAAGACCCUUUCCCAGAGUCGUACGUUAUUCGUGGAGAACCUUCAACGUCAAUCCAAGGAAAUAUCUUGGAAGCUAUCAAUCUUGCUUGUAAUCAGUUUUCCCGGGAUCACGUUGAUCGAGACCUUGUUCGAACCGGGAUUUCUAUAAUAAUUAUUACCCCGGGAACAGGUCACUUCGAGAUUGACUAUCAGAUGCUUCAAAUGACCACAGAAAAUUUGGUAUCCAACGGGAUAGGGAUCGAUCUCGUUUGCCUCUCGCGACCUCCUUUGCAUAGCACCCCUCUGUUCAGAUAUAAAAACCCGAAUCUUCAAAAAACACCCGACCCACGCUCCCCGGUCACCUCAAGGUCUCGAGCUGGGACCCUUAACGACUUCGGAAAACGAUCCGGCACAGAAACUCCGCACGAUGCCUCCGGCCAUGGGGGAAGACGCAUGUCGAAUGCGACCAUCGCGGGUAAACUUGCAGACGCACUGAACAGUGGAAUAACAGAUGAACAUAUGGUAGACGCAUUAGGUGACGAAUACCUAUAUGCUGUCCCUCAUUGGAUUGAUGUCUCAUUCUGGUCUAACUCAUCGGAAAGAAAAUCUCGCCAUCACCGAAUGCAAGCUGCUGCAAGGAGCAGAGCCUCCAAUGUCACCGGUCUUACUAGUCAUACAAGGCAAAAGAAAAGCUCAAACUUCAAGCCGAGAUGUAAAAUGUACGAACUUCAAAUGAUGGGAGUAAUGGAGAACGAAGUGGCCAAUAUCAGUAUCCCAUUUCUCCAUGAAAAUCCUUUCUUUGUGCCAUAUGAAGAUCAUACAAAGCAUGAAGAAAAGCGACUCAUCGAGGGCGCCAACGAAAGGAAAGAACUUGCUGCCGAAGAAAAGAAACGAGUGGAAGCUGCGAAGAAACACGAAAAGGCAAUGCAAGGCUACAUGGACAAAUAUGAUGAUUAUGCCUUCAGGCCGUUGCAUGAUAUUCUGAGUGCACAAGACGAGGCUAGGUAUCAGAGAGUCUUUGAAGACCAACAACGAAUCGACGAGAUUGUUCAGGAAGACCCAAAUGUUCUCAGUACAAGUUUUCGGAGCAAUGUGUCUCGAAGAAGCCUUGGCCCAAAUACUGGAGCAUUCUUCGAUCGUCAAAUGAAACAGCGGAGGCCUAGCCUCGAAUCUCCAAACGAAACUGCAGAGCUCGCGACCUCGACGGAAGAUAAGGAAGUUGUUGAAUCAAAACCUCUCCAUAAAGCACUUCCAAUAAUUUCAAAAGAGGAUCCCAAACCCGAGUCAAAAACCGAUAAGAAUAAGCUUGCGAGGGGUCUCCUUGGAUCUGGUGGAUUUAAAGUCUUCGGGUCAUCAUCAAAGGCUGCCCCAAGUGCGGCAACAAGCGCGGCGACCCAUUUCCCCAUCCUUACAAGAGGGUUUACACCCGCUGCUGUAACGGCUCGGACUUCGAUUAGUUCUACGAGUGGUGGAUUCCUAUCGAACGCAAUAUUCUCUCCAGACCUCUAUAUUAGGAACAAUAGUACAGUGUCUGUUAGUCAGGCCUCACUCAAUGACGGCAAGGAUUCUGACACCAAGUCUCUAAAUGACUUUUCCUUAAACACUCCAAAACCAAGCAGACCUAUAGCUAUUCGAAAUACAACCUUGGACAUUAAAGAAGAACCUAAACCACCAUCUGCCAUGGCUUUGAGCCCAACAGAGAGACGUCAAGGGAUUGCUCUGCGUGAAGGAAGGCUUUCAAAAGGAGGCCAGAUCGAUACUCUAAAGGCAGCCUCCCAAGCCAGACUCGCUGCCCCAAGACUUGACUUGACGCAGACCUCUGGUCAGCUAAGUGUCGCACCAACUGCAAGCCCAGCAUCGUCAAUCCUUCCUUGGCUUACGAUACUGAAUCCUUCUAACCCCAAGAAAGCACAAAUGAACGCUAAAAACCAAUUUCGUCGAUGGCAGCAUGUCUUCCCCCGGCCCCUUAGGGUAUCAACGAUGAAGUGGAAAUCAUUAUGUUCACCAGCAGCCCUCCCCCUUACAACCGAAUAUUUCCCAACUCUUGAGCAACUUGCCAACGAGUACUCUGAGAGUCCUUAUGUUAUUUCUCAGAACGAUGACGAUGAUGUUGAGGAAAUCAGUAGGAACCGAAAGGAACUAGUAAGAGAAAUGGUAUCGCAGAGAUUGUCCCGCGGAUUUCAGAUUGUCGUUGGUGCCGCAGUCCAAGAGGCUACCGUAAACCGGAUUGGAGAGCCAGACAUUUUCGCUAUGAACUAUAUGGGCAAAGCGGGGUCAUCGGUUUAUAUGUCUAUGGGACCGCAUAUCCACCAGCUUAUUUGUGACGAGGAGUAUAACGUUGAGGUUAAGCGGUACACCCGAAAACCGGUGGGCCAGAGAAAUGGUGGAGCAGGCCUAGCACCUAUUAAGUAUAAUGCAUCAGUUCGAACGAACUAUUCCGAAACAUAUCAGCCUUUGACUGUAGUAUUUAAACCACCACAAUACGACUAUAGCUGGAACUAUGUGGAUAGGUAUAUCGGAGGAUAUGAAGAGGACUUUGUGGAGCCAAUGCGAUUCUGGAGGGCAAGAUUCAUUCUUAUUCCAGUCGACCUGCCUCCCGGGACCGGUCUACAACGGCGGCAAACUAUUACGGGAAUUCCUCAGGAGGACCUCAACGACGAAGAGAUCCGGCUCGAAGGUAUUCAAAAACUUACACAACUCUUCCAGAGACAUCGUUACGUCCCUCCUGAAGAGCGCAGAUACCAAAGGACAAAGAAAGGAAAGGAUGACAACCCUCUCGAAAUUGUCUUCAAAACGGCAAAUCCAUCCGUAGUGGUAGCAAAGGAGGUUGAGAGUCUACCCUUGAUUAGUGAAGCAGACACCAAUGCUCGCCGACAGCAUCUGAUUACGGGAUCAGAUAUGUUCGAGAGAAGUGGUAUGCGGCUACCUACCCUAGCACAAGAAUUGCAGGGACUAAGAGGGAUCCGCCUCCAGGAUCGGAGAUGGCAUCUAAGGCUCCAUUAUAACUGUUUCAUCGGUUCUGAAUUUGUCACAUGGAUGCUUUUAAAUUUUAAAGACCUUGACACAAGAGAGGAAGCGGUUGAAUACGGAAAUGACCUCAUGAAAGAGGGGCUCUUCCAGCACGUGGAGCGAAGACAUGCCUUCCGUGAUGGCAAUUUCUUCUACCAGCUUCAAAGCGAAUACGUGGCUGCUCGCCCCAUGUCUCGAGGUGGUUGGUUCGGUGGGCGUAGCUCAAAGCCAUAUAACCUUGGUGAUGUCGAUCUAAUUCCUGGGUCGCUGAGCCGCGCGAGAUCCAAUUCCGUUAUUGGAGAUAGUAUCUAUUUUAACAGUACAGAUUCAUCGUCUAGUAUUCAAACGCCCAAGCAAAAGGCGAGAGUCGCUCUAAGUAAGGUCAUGAAGUACAACAUCGACCCUGGAAAAAAAUCAUACCGCCCAGAGAUCGUCAACCUCCACUACGAUAGAGUUCACAACCCAGAGAAUUGCUACCAUAUUCGUAUCGAAUGGCUCAACGUUACUGCGAAAUUAAUCGACGAUGCGCUGACGACAUGGGCCAAAACUGUGCACCGAUACGGACUAAAACUCGUCGAAGCACCAAUCGAUGAGAUAUGUGCGAUCACUGCAAACGACCCUUUCAGGUCACCAGUUAUCGCUCGUCUCUGUAUCCCGCCACCGAAUCACGCUAGCAUCGAUGGUUCAACCCCCACCCUGGCUACAAUAUAUCAAGACACAUUCUUCUACCACGAAGCCAUUCUCAAGAGAUUCAAUUUUGUCCUAGACCUUGAGGCUGCGAAAAACUUCCCUCAAGAUGUAGAGGUGUCAUACUCAUGGGGCAUGCCAAACUAUCGAUAUACCCAGUACAUCCACCGCACCGGUGUAAUAUUUGCACAGAUCACCGAUUUGGGCGAUUUUCUACUGCUUGCAAACAGGCUUUUUCAGGCACGGGGGGGCGCCGAGGUCAACAAAUUUGACAACAACAACACUGGGAGAGACGACCGGCGUGGGGAGAAUCGAAGUGCUAAAGGUGGCGGAGGGGGUCUGUUUAUGUCUACUUUCCCCCAUGCGCCUGCAUCGUCCUCAUUCACGGCAGGCUCAGGGUUCAAUCCGAUGGUAUCAUCGCAGCAAACAUUUGUCACUGCUGAGACUAUAAAAGAAGAACUGAUAUCCUUCUGCAAAGACCCAGAAAAACUACGGUCAUUCUAUGAGGAAAUCGAUACUAAGAGUGUGACUACGAUCCCCCCCACGCCUCACGUCGGUCCAGUUGGGGGUGCAGCAAGUGCACCUUUGGGACCUACAAUCAUCGGAAUUGCGAAUAUCCCAAGUAUACCAGGCGGGUUGUUUGGUACGGCGAGCCCUGGGAUGAGGGACCCUGUUAGUCCAGCGAUGUUGGCAUUAGGCAGUAUUAGCAACGCAAGUACAAGUAGUAUUAGUACGCUAACAGGAAACAGGAGUAACAUAAGUGUGUUCAGUGGGGAUAGGAGGAGCACAAGCCAGAGCUCUGGGCUCGCGGGUGAUAGGGAAAGGGAUAGUUGA